AUGGAGUCAACCGUUAAAAACAAGAAACUUCCACUUCCGUAUAUUCGCUAUAUAAUCGACGCUAUUAUUGUGCUGGGAAUUUCCUUGGGCACCGACUUCCUCGGCCGUCUAAUCGGCCCGUCCGAGAUAGGGUUCUACUGCAAUGAUCGCUCGAUUCGCUACAAAUAUCAAGAGGAACGACUGGGCAAUGGGUUCCUCGCAUUUUACUCGCUGAUUCCAAACUUUAUUUUAGUUUUUAUCGUGGAAACCUAUAGGAUAUUGCGGAUUGAUGGGAUAGAAGAGUUCUCAAAGUAUGAAGUCGGAAGGUCAAAGGCGCAGAGGAUUUUUGUUAGAGUCGCUACGAUUUAUGGUAAGUACACAAUGUUUUAGAGGAGUAUGGAGUUACAGGUCGGGAUAUAUAUCAAAAAAUUCGCAAAAAUUUUCUGACUCAGAAUAAAUAAAAAUAAGCUGUCUAAGUUUGGUCUAUCAACGAGUUUUAUCAAUAAAUGUAUUUCUCGAGGAAAAAAAAUGGCGGUGACAAUCUCGACAUAUAUCUCGACCUGUAACUCCGUAGUACCAUAUAAGUACUUUACUUGUAAAAUGUGGACAUAUAUCUCAACCAAUAACUCCGUACCCUAUAUAAGUACUUUCCUUGUAAAAUGGGAAAUUCUAGCUUGGCUGGACCCGGCCCGCCAAGAUCUGAUCGUAAGACCUGGUUGGUGGGCCACAGGGAAGUACUCCAAGUACGACGCUAAGAUUUGGAUAGACAUAACAGAAAUUUGGAUUACUUUUCUUCUAUGACGUACUUCUGCUUUCAGGCUAUCACACAGCCUCCAUCGCGGCUGUUGGCUUUAUUUGUAAUACUGUAAAGUACCCCCUCGGCAUUCUUCGACCGCAUUUCCUGGACAUUUGUCGUCCCAACAUUGGCUAUGAUCACUGCAAUACCACGGAGCUAAUUACCGACUACCACUGCACAUCCGGCUUGACAGGCCAAAUAAGGGAGGCCCGGCUGUCCUUUUUCAGCGCUCAUGCGUGUCUAUGCAUCGGAUCCGCUACUUUUGCUGUUGUAAGCCGAAAAAAGGCGCUUGCAAGCUAUUGAAUUUUCUGGCUUUCAGAUCUAUCUUCAAGACCGACUAUAUGGAUGCCUUUACAGUGACGUCAUUUUGCUGCUGAUCCAAUCCGCGUACUUCUGCUCUUCUUUGGCCGUGGCGUGCACUCGGAUUCUCGACCAUUAUCAUCAUCCUUACGAUGUCAUUGUCGGAGCGUUGGUUGGGAUUGUUGUGGUCACGAUUUGCGUGAGUUUUAUAGAUCUAUAGACCUUCCACUCCUAAACUUUGACCGCCGCUGCGAUAGUGAUAUGACUCCUAUUGGGCUAGAACACGUGGAUUGAGGGUGCUUGUUCUAGGUUCUAUCUAAGAUACCAAGCCAAAAUGAUACAAUAACAAACUACAAAGACCCUAGCUGAAAGACACAUAGGGCGGUCAAGAUGCAAAUCCGCACACGAAGUCGUGGCAAUUUUAUGCCAGUUUUUUUCCAAGAAAAUUUAACGGGCUUAACGAUGGCAAGAAGAUGACAUUUGCACGGCAACCAGAAAUAGAAUAAAAAUGUUUCCCGCCCUCUUUUGAGUUUCGUCCAAACGAAGUGUCAAAAUUGACAAAAGAAAUAAAAUAAUUCCGAGAAAAAAUGUUUUUUGGUCGGAAAAUCCCACAAAAAAUUCUUUUGUGACAUUUCGUUUGAUUUCAACCAAUACAAAAUCGGCGAAGUGUCGAAAGGAGCCAGGAAACACUUCGGGUUGCCGUGCGUUUGCGGCUUUUUAUUGUCAUCUUCAAGUGCAUCAGCUCUCAAGUACAGGGUCUUACAAAAAACGUGAAGGAGAGUCGGAGGCUAUAACUUCAGGCGGAGGCGGCGCAGAGACUUCGUAUUUGUAAUAUGCAUUUUUAAACGACAUUAAUUUUUGUCUAUGAAAUAACAAGAUUUUAAAGUGCAAAACUGAGGUCGCUAUAACCUUUUGAAGUAGGGGCUUUCUAGCCUUCGAAUUUUCUUCACGUUUUUCGUAAGUCACUGUAUUUUGUAUAAAAAAUAUCUAUGUCAACAUGACCGUGUCUACGCCCCCACACCUGAGUAUUUCGACCAAAAAUAUUAAUUAAUACUAAUCAUAAAUUCUCUUAGUCCCAUUACUUUGUUGGGCUGGACCCCAAACGUAAUCGCAUUUGUAACAAGAAGACGUACAUGGCUUGUACGGAGAACGCGAUACCAUCCUCUGCACUUACUACAAACACCGGUUCCAACAACCGCGGUGUCAGUUCUGUGUACUUGUAAACUGUACAUAUAUUGUCGCUAAAUUGUGUUUAUUUCGUAGUUUAAAAUAAAAAUUUUAUGAAUCUUUAAGGUUAGGUUAGUUUGAGUCCGUUUUAAUGAAUAAAAGAGGAUCUGAAAUCGGAUUUAUAUUUGGCCCAUAAAACAUUGGCCUUUUCGUAAAAUUGAGUCUUUUGACACAGAGAAAGUCUUUGACGUUGCUGGUUUAUUUUGCUCGCUGUAUUUUUUAUAGACCUGUGAACCAUGUGUCAGAUUUUUUGGACCGCAUAUUACGUUACAAUACGUCAUCAGAAAUUCAAUUUACAUACCUUCGAAAAGGUGUGGACGUCUUAAUUGCUCUCCCUUUUCACACUGAACCCAGUGGAACAAAAUUGGCCAGGGAUUGUAAAAACGGCUUUCCAUGGGGAUUUAAGGCUGCUUUUAGUAUAAAUUCCAGUAUUUUUUCGCCCCGGUACCACAAAAUGAAUGUAUUCAAUCAUCUUUUUUGUUUUGUGGAGAGGUUGCAAUUGUUUUCUGUGGCAAAUUCUAAAGACGUGCGUUUCAACGGAAAACCAAUGUUUAUUUUGGGCGCAAUAACAUCUGUAUUCGGGGAAAUAAUGAGCACAAUGUCACUAUUUGUCGCAGAAAUAAAAAGAAAUUUGAUUUUGUAGCGACACACGAUACACCAAAUUGAUUUUCUCAGCAGCGAUACGAUCUUCGGUGCUUCAGAGUGCUCAUUAUUUUCCCGACAAUCUGAUAAAGUAACGCUUUUCUUUUCACACAUUACAUCUAAUUUGUACCUCUAUUACAGUAUGCCAUUCUCUAACCAAAUUUUCUUAUUUUAGGGUUGUUGCAUCUACUGAGAUUGUCACACCUUCCCACACCUUCCGUAUACUGAACAGAAUGUGCCGUCUAAAGUAAGUUUACAACUUUUUAUUUUCUUUUUACUUUAGCAUCAAAAGAAUGUAAAUAAAUGUGAACGUUCCUUGGGAAAUUUGCCAUGGAAACAUUUUUGAUAACAAACUUUUCUUGUAUUCCAACUUCAUAGUUUAUUCGAGGAACAGACGUGCGAAGGUUUGAGUGUUCAGUUGUUACUUGAACUGCAUCAUUACCGUAGGCUAAAUUACAAGGGAAGUGAGUCUGGUAAAUGGCGUUUCAGGUAGUUGAAAAACCUUGCGCCCGGUGAUAUUUAAAUUGCACAGGGUAAAAGGUCAACUGAAAGGUGCGGAAAGCUUGCGGUAAAAAGUCUACGCACUUUGCAAAGACGUAAAAACCAAAACUUUACAGUGGGGAACCUGAUCCAUGGGCAAAAGACGUACGAUUUUGCAUCCAGGAAGUAUCAAAAAUGUGGCAAAAUGCUUCCCUCUCCAAGUGAAAAAACUCAGAUUUCGAAAGCGCGCCCGCUCAUUUUGUGAGGCGCGCCCUUCGAAGCGAAGUUUUUUCACUUCGGGAGGGAAGCGUUUUGCAACAUUUUUGAUGCUUCCCGGAUGCAAAAUGGUACGUUUUCUGGAUAGGGUUUGUCACUGUAGUUUGCAUUUUCUUGCUUUUUGCAUCGUGAGUAUGUUUUUUUCGGGCUGUCGCUCGCCCCAUGACUAUUUUCGAACAGUGCAAACGCCAAAAAUUAUUACGUCAACGGCAGUCGAACCUCAGCAUAACGAAUUGCAAUAGAAAUAAGGCUUGAUUCGUUGUAAAGGGAUUAGUUUAGGAAAGGUUAAUUUUUGCGCAGUAUUGAUUGUUAGGACCUCUGGAAUUGAUCGUAGACAGUUGUCUUUGGCAAAAAAAAUCCGCAGAAUUGGAUUUUUUCUUGGCAUUCUGUUUCAACCCUGGUAUAACUUCCUUUGACUGUGAUGACAUUCACGCCAUUUUAAAGUUAUUUUCUUUCACAUUUUCCCAAUUCUCCACCCUCAUGACCUGCGGGCACAUCGCGGAAUUUCCAUUGUUUCGGUUCCUCUUUUUUCGAUAGCCGAUUUGAAUAAAAUUAAAAGCUCCGUUUGAACCAAAUGGUUGAUAUUUGACAUGCACAAAAAAUGCUGAAGGUCAAAUGUUGAGGGUGUCUAGAGGGUGGGAAACAAAUAAAAAAGUUUUUAUUGAUACGCAUUUGUGUCAUUGCUUUCAAAAUUUCUCAUUCAGAGUACUGUAUGCUCUAUAAAAUCGAGAUUUAUUGUGAAACAUCUUCCUAUUUACAAGCUCUCUUUCAGAAACCUCCCAAAAUGUCGGUCGAUUUCAAAGCCGCGUACGCGGCAUUAGUCCAAGGCCUGCAGAACCAGACCAGACUCCCGUCGUAUAUGCAAUCCGACGAUGACUUUGAUGAUGCGUGCUCGCUACAAGUUGGCUGGAGUCGGGAACGUAAGUUCGGCGAAAGAGAUACAGCGUCGCCACAAAAGUUCUCCGCAUUUUUCAAAAUGAACGUUAAAAUAAAACAAUCUUACUUUUUCAGAGUCCUGCAACUACGUCACCACACACUAUGACAACUGUGAAGGUGGUGGCUAUCUUCCCUGGACCCAAAUAAUAUACUGUCAGCCAACGGAGUUGACCGAGGUUCUGCUGCUGCUUGUCUCAAUUUUCUGGCUGUUACAGCUGUUUAUUUUGCUGGCGGUCAGUGCUGAUGAGUUCCUGUCGACGAACAUUACAACGAUUGCCGAUAAGUUUGGAAUCUCGCAGAGCGUAGCGGUGAGUGUUGACAUGGUUUGGACUGUUUUUUUUUUUGUUUGGAUUUGAAGAGGGAAUUUCGGCGAAGAGAGCACCUUGACGAAGAAAAUAAUAUGGUAAAGAGGGACCAAGGCGAAAUUUACAGAUGACUCUAAAACAUUUCGCUUUGGUCCCCUUUUACCAUACCAUUUCUUGGCAAGCGAAACAAUCAUUUAGAAGAUCCGCAUUGGUCCCUUCUUACCUUGCCACUUUUUUGGCAAGCCAAAAAGAAGAAAGAAAAAAAUCAUUCAAAAAAUCCGCCUUGAUCCUCCCUUAUCAUAUCAUUUUUCCAAAAGGUACCUCUUCCGUCAAGUGCCUUCUUCAAGGCCUCCUCUCGGGAUCAGAUCGUUAUUUGUUUUUUGCAAGACAGAGGUUUACUUGCCAACUUGUUAUGUAGUCAUCUUCAGGGAGUAACGUUGGUGGCGUUCGGUAACGGAGCGCCGGACAUUUUCUCGGCUAUCGCUUCAGCUGUCAGCGACGAAAGCCCCAAAGCGGGCUUGGCCAUUGGCCAGCUGUUAGGUAAGUAAGGCAACCACUUCUCUGUAGAGCAUUAGAUAUGAAUCUGCCGGAAAAAUAAUGAAGACAAUGCUGCUGUCACGUCGCUGAAGUUAAAAGCAAAUUGAUUUAGCCGCGACACAGUCUAUUUUCCCCGCGGCAACGCGAUUUUCUGUGCGACAGAGUGCUCAUUAUUUUCCCGACAGGCUUAAAUAUGUUGCUUCAGGUGGUGGAAUGUUCAUAACAACGAUCGUGGUGCCGGUUGUGAUUUUCAUUGCGCCAAUUCAAAUGGAUCCAAUUCCAACCCUACGAAAUUUGGGAUUUUACGUAGUUGCGUUGCUGUGGUUGGGGAUGAUUCUGUUCUUGAGAAACACGCUGAUGAUCUGGCAGUCCGUUGGUAGGUUUGUCGCCCUUGAAAACGUAACUUCUCGUGGCUAUAUCACGCUACUCUUUGCAGGUUUUCUUUUUAUCUACAUUGUCUAUGCGCUGACCGUGGUCUCGGGGCGGAUGCUUUUGCGGCUUCAGAAAUGGCGCGAAGCCAAGGAUGCAAUGUUUGUAAGGCCGUCAACUGGCCACCCGAAUCGCCGUGAAUCCCAUCCCAACACGAUUUCCGGCACGUUGGCGAACCUGGAGCGCAGCAAUACUAUUAAACCGGCCGCCAGUUCCGAAAGCAGCAUGUAUUCUCGGGCCGAAGAUGACGCCUUGCCAUGUCAGGAUGUCAGCCUUCAAGGUAUUGCGCUGGACUUUUUCAACCGACUGAAUUGCAUCAACGUUGAGGAAUUUAAAAACGCCAGCAUUUACUUGAAGAUCUUCCAAAUUUUUCAGGUAAGGUAUAGGGAGGUUUUCGUGGUGGAAGUCAAAAAGUUGAGUCAUGUUUUUUGUGGCGUGGAAAAGGAAAUUUCCAAAAAAUUUCUUUAUCUACUGCACCAGUCCGUCUACAAAGUCUCUGGUGUGAUUUUCGCGACAUACAGGGUGGUUCAGCCGAAGCUUCCAUCCUUAUUUCAAGUAUUUCUCCGCCGAUGAUGCACCAAUUUUUAUAAAAUUUAUAUCAAAUUGAAGCUGAUGGUGCCCAUUUUCUGUCCACAAAAUAUGACAGGCCCAAGUUGACGGGGGCUCCCGUACUGACCCUUGACAUUUUCAUUCCAAAUUUUGCAGCCCGAAAUCGGUGAAACUUGGAAAAUUUUUGGAAUGAUUUUCAAUUGAGUUUCUCGGACUUGAAAAAUUUUUGGAUUUCUGGCAAAAACAAAGUCGCCAAAUUCGAUGAAAAUUUUAAAAAAAAAGUAAGGUUCAAAGAAGUAGCAAGUGCCUAAAAAGCAUAUUUCCAUCCGGCGAGGUACCAAAUCGAACGGCUGAAAACGAAACCUCUCUUCUCGGGCAAUACAGGCCUUACAACUCGUUAUUUAUAUUCAGGGUGGAUUUCGUCAUCCACAUAGAAGUCUCGCCCAUUUGUUCGUAUUUUUUAAAGCCUGUUACCCCAGAACACAAGAACAAUGCCUUCAAGAUUAAUUAGGAGUAUUCCGUUGACUGCCGUCAAUUUUUUCAGCAACUUCUGAAAGUCACAUUUAGCCAAAGACUCGAAUAUUUUCCAAGUACGAGAAUUUAAUUGAAAAUCAUUGCAAAAAUUUGCUAAUUGUAAGUUUCACCGAUUUCGGGCUCUAAAAUUUGGAAUGAAAAUGUCAAAGGUCAGUACGCGGGCAUCCUUGAACUUGGGCCUGUCAUAUUUGGUGGACAAAAAAUGGGGAACCCCAGCUUCAAUUUGAUAUAAAUUUUAUAAAAAUUGGUGCAUUAUCGGCGGAGAAAUACUUGAAAUAAGGAUGGAAGCUUCGGCUGAACCACCCUGUACACUGCGCAAAAACAAAAGUUGACUUUGCACUGUGCAACUUAUUGCUUUUUGCACCGUGCAAUACGCUUUUUUUCGGACGUAGCUUGAGUUGACUUUUUUGCACAGUGCAAACGCCAAAAAUUACUCCAGCGACUUUACAGACGAGCUGGUACAAUAAGGAAAAAUUAUGAUGACAUUUUACAUGUUUGCCAUUAUUAUUUUUGCUUUUUGACAAUUCAUUUCCCAGAUCGUAAAAUUGCAAAAUUGAAAAGUUUGCCUGUCGGGAAAAUAAUGUGGACUUGUCGUGCCUUCUAAAUCACCCAUCUUCGCUUUGCGAUGGUUCGCCGCGGCUGAAGAUUUGGUACGCGACUGCGACGAGGCAAGACAUUUUGCGACAAAUACACAUUACUUUCCCGACAGACUGAUAGUUAUACAAGCCCUUUAUAAAACAAUUAUUCUGCAUAUUGUUUCAUCUAUUUCAGUUUCCCUGGAUGAUUUUGUUGACCUUAUCAACCCCUCUAGCGCAACCGCCAUGGUGUAAGGCACUAACAUCACUUCAUGUGGUUGUGUCGCCGCUCUUUCUUCUCUUUGCAUUUCAGUGUAAGCAAGUCCAACCCAUUUUUAUAUUAUUUUUUUUUAAAUUUUUCUACAAAGCUAACCAUUAAUUUUUCAGUGUUUGACUCGGAUAUCUUUGGAAUUCAGUUUCCUCUAUGGGCAAUGUCCCUAAUCCUCUCGGGUAUCUUGCUGGCUUUCGUGUUGCUCUUUACCAAGGUGAACCAGGAGCCAAAGUAUUAUAAAGUAAGAUGUGGUGCUUUGGUCUAGACAAUUCCACGUUAUUUUCCCGACAGACUGAUUACCUUCUCUUUUAGCUGAUCGCCUGUUGUUGCGGGUUUGUCGUCUCCGUUGGAUGGGUGUACGUGGUCGCAGCGGAAGUGGUGAGCGCUGUGCAAAUGCUUGGGGUCUUGUCGCAUUUAUCUCCCGAGGUAAGAGUUUGAAACCAUCCAAAAAAGAUUUUUUUAUCUGUCUGUCGGCGAAAUAAUGUGGAUUUGUCGCAGAAAAAUGUGGCUUCUCGUCGUAGCCCCUCAUCAAGUGUCCAGCUGCGGUUAGUCUUCGCGAAGCGAUGAGAGGCGUCUCGAAGAUCCACAUUAUUUUCCCUACAGUCCUUAAUGCCCUAAUUUUCAGUCCGUCUGGAAAAUAAUGAGCACAGUUUCGCUGGGGCAAUCCGUCGCUUAAGUGAGAAGCAAUUUGAUUUUCUCGCGUCACAAUUUUCAUAUUUUCUCGGCGGCAAUGCGAUUUUCGAUGCGACUGAGUGCUCAUUAUUUCCCUGACAGAUUGAUAGUAAACAAUUUUGGAUUUCUACCUUCGUUCCAGAUCCUCGGUGUCACAAUCCUCGGCUGGACCAACAGUAUUGGCGACCUGGUCGCCGACUCUUCACUUGCCCGACAAGGCUACUCCCACAUGGCGUUGGCCGCCGCGUUCGGUGGCCCACUCUUCAAUCUGCUCAUCGGGUUCGGGCUUUCAUUCACUAUUGCCCUGCUUCAAGGGAAGACUGUGGAGAUCGAUGUGGACAUUGAGAAGAUCUUCAUGUACGGGUUCAUGUGCAUCAGCGUGGUGGGGAGUCUGACAAUCUUGGUUUUGUCCAGAUUUCGGACUCACAAAUUCUACGCCAUGUUGCUGUUUUGCGUGUACUUUUUGUUUAUGGUGGCGCUGAUUUUGGCGGAGACCGUUUUUAGGGGUAGUUAA